CGGGACCACCACCCUGGGACGUCAAAACGGUUUCACCAAAGCUUUCCGCGUACGCUUGCAGUGCUCCUAUUUUCUCUACCCCCCUAUUUUCUUCUUUCUACCCCUUCGCUUUUCGUCUUCUCGACUAUCCGCCCGCUUUCUUCGCCGCUUUUCCGAGCUCCCGCACGGCCGGAGAGUAGAGCGCGUCGCAAGCCAAGAGGAUCCAUAUUCUCGCGUUCGAGCGCAGGACUCAACUAACGAAGAUGAUUACGGCGUUACCGGUACCUUCGGUGAAGGUCUUCCACAAGACCUAUUACCAGGAGAAGAGCGCGAGGAUAGGAAACAGCCAGCCGGGUAGUCCGCUGGCGGAAAGCGAGGCGGUGCUCGCUAUGAUAGACAAAGAACCGCCGGAGUACUACUUCUGCGGGAAGGUUAAUUCGCUGUACGUCGUCGUCGGCUCGCUGUUGCUGGGAGCGAUAGUGCUAGUGGUCGGCCUGGUGCAGCUCGCGCCGGGCGCGGAAGCCGCACAGAACUCGGCGGCUCUGAUCGCCGCUGGCAGCGGCCUCCUCGUGAUCGGGGUGUUCCUAGCGCCGCUGAGAGCCGUGUGUAUCAAGAAGCAGUCCGCCGCCCAGAAGGACGGCACUCAUCAGCGGAGCGUCACCAGCAUAGACAUGCUACUGGCUCAGCACAGUCGUAUUAAUAGGGACUUUACGGUCCUGACGCCCGACGAGCUCGAGGAUCUCGUAGGCCGGCAGACAUCCAACAAUUCGGAGAACAAGCCCCACAGGCAGGGUCACAAUACCUAGGUACCGUCCGCCUCGAGGAAGGCAUUGCCUUCCGCAUCAUCGUGCUCCGCCAGUUCUACGCCACCAUCGUCCGUCACAUCGCCAGGACCGAAUUCCUCCAUUCUGUACACGCAUCGUUACGAUACGCGCGAGCAUAGUUUGGUUUAAUCGAUGUGCACUCACUGCGUCAUUUUCAUAGGGCCACGCCGACGGCCGCGCCAAUUUUUAAUGAUGCACCGCAAUUAAAAAAAAAGAUGCAAGAACGAGACUUUUGGGCUCAGCCGAGCGCGAAGGCAGGCACGAUUUGUAAGAACGUAAGAAAGUAGCCGAUACGCACGUAGACUGCAUCAUCCCUUCGAUUUGCGGACGGUAAUUCAUCGCUUCUUUCACGAGAUUCGGUUUUUAUUGAACUUUUUAAAAAACUUGAUUCGUUGCGAGAGACGACCGAGUGCAUUUCGCGACUGAACGUAGACUCGAUUUUUUUUUAUAUACACAUAAAACACUGUCGGAGUUUGAACGAGCUACUUGAAUUAGUUGCACUUGCUUACGUGCUGUUUUUUUUUUUUCUCUCUUUCGCUUGCCGGCCUCGCAAACGCGAUUUUCACGUCAGAUUGCAGUACGUGGUGGCAAAAUCGUACGUUUAAUCGUGUUUAGCUGUUAGUGGUGUUCACGACACGGUUGUGUGUCGCGAACGAGUUCUACGAUGAUCGCAUGCUAGUUGCAAGGAAUGCGUAUGGGAAAGUAACGCGGUACUGCGCAAAACCAGCAGGGUUUCGUAAGGAUUCGCGAGAAAAUUUUUAGUAAGAAUUAUAAGCGAAUAUAAUCUAUCUGUGUUCCCGGUAGUUCACGGUGCCACGGUGUUCCGGGUAGCUCCGCGAGAAUAAAGUGCGAGAGGAAAUACGAGUUUAAGCGUGAACCAAGUCCUGGCAGGACGAAAUUUGCAGUUGUGAAAGGGCCAAGGGACAAUCACGGCACAAAAAAGGACAUCUACAUUUCAAUAUAUCACGCAUUCGUGUUGUUUUUUCUCACACGAUCAUAGAGAUUUUGAAUUUUUCAAAGUUCCUAUUUUGCAUAGCUUUCUCACGGCGAUUGCCCCUCGACGCCUUCACACCCUUAAAUUCAAUCUCAGAUCUUAGGAAAAGUUUUUCUAAAUUCUUCGUAAAAAUAUCAAUGUUCUGCAUGAUUAUCGUUCUCCGACACUGCGCCGAAUAUUACAUUUGUUCGUCGAAUGUCUUCGUUAUAUCUUUUAUCAAGUUAGAAUUACGCGAAUAUGAGACGAUUUUAUAAAUACGUACAUAUAAAUCGGAAAUCAGAGAUGUCUUUGGGAAGCAUACUUCGUUGUAUGCAGGAGUGAUUUUUUGUACGCGUUUGUAUUUCGAUUGGAGUUGCAAUGUAUUCCACGAAUUCAAAGAUACAAAUUAUCUUCGACUUUUCCGACACAAAUCGCCGUUAUCGAAAGUAUUGAGACGAUGUUAAAACUUUGCGUUGAAAUUUUAGCGACAAGAGGCUCUUCUAUUGCAGAGAUUUUUAGGAGAUGUCUUAUAAUUUCCAUAAAAGCAUGAUGUUUUCACUAUAAAAGAUAUAACCAGUGUUGCUUUCCUCAAAGAUUAAACAGUGUUCAACAUAUGAAUGACUGAGUCUGAUAUCAAGUAUCGUAUUGUGAAUCUAGUUCGAGUUAUUCAGGCGAAGAUAUAUACAAUUUGUUGUAACAUGCGUACGUAUGAUAAGAUUCGAAAAAUCUUCCUCGAAAUUUAUUCCCAGCAGGGUAAUAAGAAGGGAUAAGAGGGUUACGCGCAAAAAAAGACUUUCUCGUAAAUCUUGCGGAUAUUUCUUCGUUGAACCUUUACAAAAAAAAAAAAGAAAAAGAAAAAAAACGCACUCAUCGUGUGACAGUUGAUGCGGAGUGAAUGAGACGUCUUAUUGAGAUAUAUGCGAUACGUACAGCCCUAUCGACGGGCCGUGCAUUUUUUGUCGAGAUCGUCGAGGGAGAAGAAAGGGGGGAGGGGGAGAGGCAGACGCGAAAUGAUAUAUGGCUGGAUCGGAUGAGUAACGAACCUCACGCGCAAUGAAACAUACCGAAAUCGAUAUAAUAUGCUUAUAUACAGUGGCGUGCAAAAAGUGGGAAUCAGCAAAGCGGGUGUGUACCUGAUUUGAUUUUUAAAGGCCUUAGCGAAAAUUUCAGCGCCAGGCACAAUUAGCACUGACCUUCGGAACUUUCGAGUCUGAUCGCGCGCACGCUGAGGCGAAGCCUUGGAUUUCAAUUCUCGCUGUAACUGAAGAUCGGAACCGAAGACGUCCGAGAACACUGAUCCCCACCUUUUCAGGACCAGCUUGUGUAUCAACCAAAAAAUAGAUGUUUAAGAUGGAUAUCGGAUAUCGAGUCGACGAUUGAAGUCCUGAUUGAAGAAACAAGAAAGAAAGAAAAAAAUAAUAGAAAUCGAGAUUUGAUAUUUGUCCAUCGCGGUGUAUCGAUCUUUCUUUGAGCCACCGUCUAGUUUAAGAGUUUUUUAAGAACGGAAAUUCCUGUUCUGUGAGUGCGAAUGCAAAAAUGUAGUCUGAGCAAAGUAAUAUAAAUUCGCAAGUUAAGGUCACGCGGAAGUAAUCGCCUAAUGUAAGAAUAUAAAUCAAAACAUUUAAGAGGAUAAUACUAAGUGAUUCAAAUUACGUUUAUCCAACUUACACGAGCUAAGAAGGAUAUUCGUCGUCCUUAAUCUAUGUCCUUAAUCUAUAAAUCAUCCGUAAAGUAAUGCUAUUGCUGCAAAAUAAACAGAUUUUGGCAUACAUGUUUAUAUAUUUGACGUAAUUCAACGCAAUUUUAGCGGAUUUAUCAUUUAAGAGAGAAUUAGCAAAUCGCGCCCAGACAAAUACACAUGCACAUUAUCGAUAUGUCUAUGAAAUUCAUAAUAAGAUAUAAACUACUCAACAAAAUUAAAGCCAGCCCCUCUCAAGUAAAAAGAGAAGGCCAAAUUCAAAUAGCUGUAAGAUUGACAAAAAUAAUCGUAAUGAGAUUCGCAAAAAAGCAUGUUGAUGUGCUUGAAGCUCCUACUUUUAGAAACUUUACAUUACGAUUUCAUUAAUUCUUCAUUUAUAUGAAGAUACAGAUACCUCAGAUUUCAAAAAUUUUAUCGCCAUGCACUUCGUUAAAAUUGCAGAAAAUUUUUGAAAUUUGAUUAAUAAAAUUACAAUUUGAAGUAAAGCUUCUAAAAGUAGAAGUUUCAAGCUUCAAGAUGCCUUUUUGUGAGUCUUAUUAUGAUUAUUUAUCAAAAUUAUAGCUAUUUGAAUUUGGCCUUCCUUUUUUGCAUUUGAGUGCCGUUUUAAUUUUUUUAGUAGUGUAUAUUGAUUGAACUUUUGUAGUUUUUUAAGUUAGCAGCUAGAGCUCCUUACAAAAACACUUAUUUCUAGCAAACAAACAGCUUUGAAGAGGAAACAUAUCUAUCGAGUCGGCUAUGAGUAGAGAUAUAUUUUUCUUGUCAUUAGUCGAUAUAUAUAUAUGUGCGCGGGAGGGAAGAAAAUAGCGAUUAAGGAAGAUAAAAGCUGUCCACAUUUUCCAUACUGAAAAGGCUUGCAUUUCUGUCGUAAGAUUCCUAUUGAAUAUUUGCCUUAAUUUCGGAGGUAGAAAUAUCGAAGGCUCUAGUUUUACAAAACGGGAGAGCGCGAUCGAUAUUUUAAAGGUACUCUUAAAUUCGCUAUAUUUUAAUUACCGUUUUACGCGCAUAAGAAAGUGUUUGCGCAGUCCUGGUGAACAGGAGGACGAGGGAGAUCGGCACAUUUUCGGCCAGGGUAUAAUAAUUUGCUGCGGUAGGAUUUAACGUAACACGACUUUAAGGCGAGUGCAAGAAGGAAAUGAUCGUGCGUAAAAAUGCGAAUCGCGUUCGCUGAAUAACGCGCAAUAUUGAAAGUUUCGAUUGAAAAUUAUUUGCAGAAGCAUUGUUACACGAAUGCAUAAAUUACGCCCGAAGUGAUAACACGACACUUCCUUGUUGCACGCGAAGAUCGAACAUAAUUUUAAGAGAUUCAACGCACAGAAUUAGUUGUAAGCAUUUUUAUAAUGGUGUUCUAUGUAUAAUUACUACUAUUACUUAUUAUCACUAUAACUAAUCCAUCAGAAAUAGCCCAAUAUAUUUAUGAUCCGGCCGCGAAUCGGCCGGCAAAAGUGUUCUUCGUUCAUGUUAAAAUCAUCAUCAUAGGACUGGAUAGUAAUAUGCCUAGCCUUGUAUAUACUAAAGUUUGUAAUGUGAAAAAAAAAGAACGGGUCAGAGUAAUACUCGAUCUUGAUGAGAUUUGCCGAUUUGCUGAUCUUUAAUUAAUCUAAAGUAAAUUAUGUCGCGGCGUAAUCCUAAAAUGCAUAUCGUACGAGAAUUUUCACGAAAAUACCUGUCAGUUGUGAUUGCAGCAUUUUCGUAGAUUUAGUACAAUUUUUUGUUGUAACGUAAGCGUAUCGCACUCGUUGAUCGGCGCGAUUGUUAAAAUUUGAACGCAAUUACGAAAAAAAUAAUCGAUUAGCUUUCCGUAAGAUUCUUCGCGAUUGCUCGAAACAAAAUUCAAUUGUUUUCUUCGAUUAAGUUAUCUAUCGCGAUAUCUCUAAAAACUUUUAUAAUAUUCUAAAACUUUAACAUCUCUGAACUUUUAUACGUAUAACGCAUACAAAAUGCCCAGUCAAAAUGCUGCAAGCGUAACUUUGCAUUGCACGAGAAAAAAUCUCUAUAACUAUAGUGCAUAUAAAUGCAUUAUCUAAUAAUACGAUAUAUUUACGAUACGAUACUAUAUUAGUAGACGUAAUAUCGAGAAAGUUUUACCGAUAAGCUUUAACUUAAAAAAAAAGCGCAGCAUGUAGAAUAAGAGGAAUGUAACAUCGCGAAGCGUUCGCGAUGAUGCGGCCAUCAUUGUUGAGGCUGAAGUCAUCUUGAAGUGAUAAAGUGUGCAUUAUCCCAUUUGAUCCCACAUUGCCGUAAAACACAUAGCUUCACCAUACGAAAUUACUAUUUCAGUGAUAACGAUAAUAUCAAAGGUGCAAAUAACGAUGAUAUUUGAGAGCAUAUAUCAUAAAUCAUUUCCCGGCGUAAAAAGGAAGGCCGGGCUCCUUCUAUCACUGCCAAAGAUUGAUUAGAACGCGAUUUACAUACCUUUCGGACGUUAAAACAAUCGUGGAGACGCUAACUGGACGCGCGGCUGCAUAAUUGAACCUCAACAAUAUGUUCCGCCAUUGUGAACAUGUCGAAGACAUUCUGUAACAUAUAAAUAUAUAUUAGCUAUUAUAUACAUUAAAAAUAUUUUAUUCGGGAACAUUUUGACUUGCUUAAAAGUUACGUUGGUCCGUAUAUUUUGUAAGCAAAGGUUAUCAAUAGCAGUUAAUAAAUAUUACAAUACUCUAUAGCAGU